AUGGCCGUUCGUGCGCUGUUCUUGGCAGCUUGCGUCUCCUGGGCCGCCCAAGGGGCGGUGAACACCACGGGGCUGUACUGCCAGUAUGGGUGUUACGACGAGGAGGACGAGGCCUGCCACGCGGGCCUGAACCAGAACCAGUGCGCCGAGAUCUACGGGCACGUGGAGUGGUCACAGGUGUGCGAGUGCGUGAACGACCAGGGCCAGGCCUUGAACAUCACCGCAGCGGAGAGCAAGGGCCCAGCGGCGAACAUCUACUUCUCGGUGCCUGCCUUCGUGGUGCUCUUCCGGGAGAGCCUGGAGGUGGUCAUCGUGCUUUCCAUUAUCGUGCAGUUCUUGUACAAGAUGCGCCAGGACGGGCUGAUGGAGGACAAGCAGUUCUACAAGUUUCGGCGGGAGGUCUACUUCGGGGCGGGGCUGGGCUUCCUGAUCUGCCUCUGCUUCGGCGUGGGGUUCCUGGCCCUGGCGUCCCUGACCUUCCAACUCUUCCAGGGGGACAACGAGCUGAUCUUCGAGUUCUGCAUGAUGAUGAUCACCUGCCUGGUGCUCACCUUCCUGGCGGUGAACUUCUACAAGAUGAUCUACACCAAGGAGGCGCACGAGCGGAAGAUGAAGAAGAAGAUGGAGGAGACGCUGCAGGCUUCUCGUGAGGCGGAAGGCGGGCAAGAGGUGCAGUUCGGGCGGAAGCACGCCUUUUUCGUGCUGGCCUUCACCACUGGGCUCCGGGAGGGCCUGGAGUCCAUUGUGUUCCUGGUGGGGGUGGUGUCCGACCUCAAGGACCUCAGCAGCCUGCCUUUGCCCUUGAUCUCUGCUCUGGUGCUGUCGCGCUUGGUGGGCUGCUGCUUCUUCCAAGGAACCAAGAACAUGCGGGUGGACUGGUUCAUGCGCCUCUCCGCCAUUUUGCUGCUCUUCAUUGCUGCGGGGUUCUUCGCUUCCUCCAUGCACGUGCUGCAGGAGCUGGACGCCUUUGGGAUUUGGAGUCCCAGGGCUGAGCGGCCCUGGCAGAACCAAAAGGUUUGGGACGCCACGGAUUGCUGCAACGACAAGACCAACCGCUUCUUCGUGCUGAUGCGCGCGCUCUUCGGCUGGCAGGAUCAGGCCACCCCAGUGGAGAUCUUCGCGUACUUCAUCUACUGGAUCCUGGCCGUGGUGGUGGUGUCCCUGCUGAUCUGGCGCGCCAAGAAGCAGCUGGCGAAGAUGGUGGAGCAGUGGAGGAUUCAGGAUGCGCAGGAGGGCAAGGAGGAGGCGGAGCUCAAGGUGGCAGGCGAGGACAGCACCGUGGCCGAGAUGUGA